GCGGUGACGGCGGUAUGUCAUGUGUAGCUGAAGUGACAUGUCCCAAAAUCUUUAUAUAUUUUAUUUACUAUAUACAUGUAGGUAAUUUGGAGUAGUGAAACUAAAGUGUGACAUUAGUGUUACGUGGUGUUCUGAACAUUUUUUAUCUGGUUGUGUACUGGCAUUCGCUCACGUGAACGGUCCAUGACUACUGUGAUUUGAUUAGCAGUGGCGCAUUUGCGCUGGUUGGGGUGGCGUUAGAGUAGUGCAAAAUGGCGUACAACAGUCGUCCCCAGAGCCUGGAUGGAUUCACUCCUUACCUGUCUAGGCAGGACCUGCUCUUUAGGCAGCAGUUGGGUGCUGAUCUUCUCACCUACCUAGCAGAACCAACAAAUUCGGUCCAGUGUGAAGACAUCGGACAGUUUAUUGAUGAUCUAGUACCAUGGAUGCAAAGUAUGAAUCACAAGGUAUCCAGUACCGGAAUCGAAGUCCUCACCUACCUGGCAGACCGCCUAGGUAGCGAUUUUAGGCCAUAUAUACAAACCGUGCUACCCCACGCGGUAGAUCGACUAGGAGACGCUAAGGAUUCUGUUAGGGAAAAGGCGCAGCUUUUGUUGCUGAAACUGCUGGAAAGAGGCGCCGUGCAGCCUCAGCAACUGCUUGACAAGCUACGACCUCAUUUCCAACACAAAAACGGCAAGGUUCGAGAGGAGGUGCUCAGGUGUCUGGUUAAUACUCUCAACGAAUACGGAACCAAUUCGCUCAGCCUAUCCAAGUUCAUUCCGGACAUCGCGGGACUCCUAUCUGACCCAACACCUUCGGUGCGUGAUACCGCCUUCAAUACGCUGGUUGAACUGUACAGGCACGUGGGGGAAAGGCUGAGGAUAGACCUGCAACGUAAACAGCUGGUGCCAGCUUCCAAAUGGUCAGCGCUCACCGCACGGUUCGAUGAAGCUAAACUAGCUGAAGAGUUGUUACCUACUGCUGUCAAAAACGUUGGUGAUGCUGUAGGCUUAGACGACGUGGAUAGGAUUGCCAUGCCAAAGCCAGCAGUCCCAGUGAAAAAGCCCACUUUGGGCAGUGCAGUGAAACAGAAGCUUUCAGCAACUCCUAGCAGUGCGAAUUCUGCGGGAGCAAUGGAUGAAGAUUAUUUCAUCAGUUCUUUUGAAGACUGUCCUACAGUACAAAUUUUCUCAUUGCGAGAAGCAACUGAGCAACUAAAAACUAUUCAUGAUAUCAUAUCAGAUUCGAAUAAGGAAUGGAAUAGAAGGGUAGAUGCUCUUAAACGAAUACGCUCACUUAUAAUAGCAGGCGCACUGAAUUAUGAAGAAUUCUAUACCGUCAUAAGAAACUUGGACAUACCAUUGCAAGGUACUCUUAAGGAUCUUCGCUCACAAGUAGUUAGGGAAGCAUGUGUGACGAUAUCUUAUUUGUCACAAUGUCUAGGAAACAGGUUCGAGAAGACCGCAGAAGUAUUACUGCAGCAAUUGAUAAACCUUAUACAAAACUCUGCAAAGGUUAUGGCAACAUCCGGUUUGAUCGCAGUCCGUUUCAUAAUCCAGUACACUCACAGUAGUCGACUGACCCCAAUAAUCACCAACAACGCCAUCAAGUCGAAGUCAAAGGAAAUUAGGAAAGCAUGCUGCGAGUUCGUCGAAUAUAUUCUAGGGAACUGGACGAAGCAUUCCCUGGAAAGGCAUAACGGAGCAUUGCAGGAGGCUGUGAAGAAUGGUAUUGCCGAUGCCGAUCCUGAAGCUAGACAGUGUUCCAGAAGGGCAUUUAAAAGCUUUAAGGAGCAUUUUCCAGAGCAGGCUGAGACUUUGCUGCAGUCCCUAGAUCCCGCCUACAAGAGGGCUUUGCAGGGUGAGUCAAUGUCUGCUAGUUCAUCACAAAGCAACAUUGCUGGUUCCUUGAAGAUGUCUAGAACAUAUGGUAGAUCUGCAGUGACUAGUGCAUCAGGCAGUACAGAAAAUGUAUGUGCUGCAAGUGGUGGGCUUCACAGAGUUCCAUCUUUACCCCGAACUUACAGACGGAGCAGCGGUAUACCAGUUCUCACAAAAGAAAAUUCAGGUAGGAGGGGCUUCCGAAGCAACUCUGCAAUUGAUUUGCAGGCAGCUCAAAGGGCCAAAGCUAGAGCACAGUACUCAGCGAUGGCGCGAAGUAAAAUACAGUCAGGAACAGCCAGUCUACCUCGUCCAAGAAAGCUAUCUGACCAGAUGGCAUCUCCAGAAAGGACUAGCAGAACGAGAAGUCGUAACUCACAGUCGCAACCAACAAGUAGGUCUGGAUCUCCAAGUUCUCGAUUGGCGUACAUUUAUCAACGAAACACUGGUGAUCAUGAUUCACCAAGAACACGAAGACUACCUUCUGGUAUUCCGAGGUCGACGACAGGUUCCAGGGAUGGAUCUAGAGAGACAAGUCCUACAAGAGGACCCAUGAGCAGGUUUAGAAAAGGAAGCGGUAGUGGAGAAAGACCACCCUUGAAUCCAGCCUCAAGACCAGUUUUAGCUCAGAAAAUACUGCAACAAAGUAGGGAGGCAGAAAAUGCGUUGGCCGAUGUUCUUAAUUCGUCAGAUCAUUUUCGAACACCCAGGAGGGCAAUGAGAUCUAUGGACAACCAUUCUGACGAGUCUGAAACGUCAAGCGUGUGUUCAGAGCGUUCAUCUGAUCGAUCAUUUGAUAAUUUCAAGAGACCAUCUGAUUCAUACUCAUGGAGCGGUUCACAACAGAGGCUAGCUAGCAGGGAUCUGUGGGAACCCUCCCGAGACAUCAACCAGAUAAUUGCGAUGUGUGCUAGCACGACCUGGCAAGAACGAAAAGACGGUCUACUGUCCUUGCAGUACUAUAUGGCCAACGAAAUCCCUCUGACUGUAGGCGAGCUGAAACACCUGACGGAAAUAUUCACGAAGAUGUUCAUGGAUUCUCAUACCAAAGGUCUGGGUGUGUUUCUAGAUACACUGCACGAAGUUAUCAAGAGCUAUAAACACGAACUACACUCAUGGCUCUAUGUGCUGUUGCAAAGGGUGUUCUUGAAGAUCGGUACCGAAACCCUAACCUCAAUCCAACACAAGCUCCUCGCCACAUUGGAUCUGAUUCGCAGCAGCUUCCCGAUGCCAGCGCUGUUCGCUGCUACGUACCGCUUCCUGGUGGACGCUACGCAAACACCAAACGCACGCGUCAAGGUGACCGCGUUGAACUUCAUAUCGCAGCUGUGCAACGGGGGAGGCGAGGAGGCAGCACAACACAUCGCCACGGCCCCGUCGGCGGGACAGGCGCUUAUGAAGAUUGUCACCUACGCACAGGAUGCUAAGUCGGCUGAAACGCGCGCCGCAGCCAGAGCAUGUAUCGUCGCCAUGUGGAACUGCAACACUUCGCAAAUCACUAUGCUACUAGCCGAGCUGCCCACGGAGGCUCAAGAGGUCGCUUCGGCAGCAGUACGUGGGCACAUGAGGGCGGCGCAAGGUGGAGCUGCUGGAGACGAACCGGGCAGCCCGUUGGUUUCGACCGGAGCGACUGCAAGCAGUCCCAGAGGAGCUGGUGGAUCGCCUGGAUACAGGGAUGUAAUUGAUCACGAAGAGGUGUAUAGAAACUUGAGGCGGACCACUGCUGAGAUACAGAACUACAGCUUCGAAAUAGGUUCCAAAUUGGAUAGGGAUACAGCAUCCCAGGACUCAGGUAUUUCGCAGAUGUCAGUCGGUAAUGACAUAGGCAGAGAGAUAACUUCAUUGGAAGACAGAAUGGAGGAUUUGGCAAUCAAAACUCAUUUUAAUAUUAGAUCAGGAUCGAGAUCGCUUCCUUACACUGCCGUGAAUGGUGUUCCAGAAGCCAGUUCAAACGGAUUUAGAAGUUUAGGAGAUAAUGAAGACUCGGAACAAAUUGUUUUAAAUAUACUAGAUAGUUGUUUGGUGAACAAUACAACCCCCAGUGAAGAGAAGAGGAAGUUGUUACUCCACCUUAAUGAACUCAUCAUUAAGUCUGGCCAUAUAGAACCUGUUAAAAAACAUUUUAAGAAAAUCUUGAAGCUGUUAAUUGAGAACCUCAACAACGGUGACCCAGUCAUUCGGAUCCCAGUGCUACAAAUCCUCAGAUCCAUAUUCAAGUGCCAGCAGCUUAAAGAUCACUGGACUAGUUUUGUGGAACUACUUACGCUUAGGAUAUUGGAUGCACAUUGCAUUGAUAAAAGAGAGGGAGACCAUCACUCUAAGGAAAGCAUUAUGGUCGUGAAAGAGGCUGAAGAGACUGCAGCAGCAAUGAGCAUUGGUCCGUUCAACACGCUCGUGGAGAUCCUGGCACCCCAGAUCCGCACCCUCAGCUACCCGUCCCUCCUUGGAGCCAUCAAGAUGCUCACGAAACUCAUUGAACAUAACCCCAAAGAAGUCACAGACGAACAUCUUAGACAAAUAAUGCCAGGAUUGAUCAAGGGCACCGAUCAUAAUGAGAGCUCAGUAAGAAAAAGCAGCAUAUUCUGCAUGGUAGCCAUCCACAAAGCAGUUAGUGAAGAACGCAUGGAACCCUAUAUAAAAUUACUGUCAGGCAGCAAGCUGAAACUUCUCCGUUUGUACAUAAGUAGGUUGGAACUACAGACGCCAAUGCCGUCAUCUCCCACGAGCCCCAAAAAUAAUACCACGACAGCCAGCUAGUCGUAAAUUGUUUUUUUGAGUGAAUUGAUGGACGACAUGAUUUUAGAGGUGCAGUAGGAGUGUGAUACAGUUUGGCAAAAAUGGCGUUUGAAAGCAAAAUUACCUUUCAGUCCGCCUUCAUUUCUACAUACACAGUUUCAUGAUGGUUUAGUUAUGUGUAUAUACAUUUAUACACUUUUCAUACGAAUGCGACAUAGCGGUGUACAUGUAUUGCCUAACACCAAAACGUUCAUGCGUAGUUAAUACUUCGACAAGCUCAUAAGUAGAGAUAUGUUCACAUUCAAAUAUUUAAAUGCCUAUACCGGGUGUUUCAAAUUCGACUCUCACCAUUGGGAUCAAACAGUAAGAGAUGCAAAGUUGCUUAAAUGGAGGCAAAGUAGCGUGUUUAGGUAGCUAAUUGGACAAAACAGUAAACGUCAUAUUGAAAUUCUAAUUAUGCAAUCUUGUAAAGGAGAAAAAGUAGCAGUGUUAAUGUGGAAUUGAUUCUAAAAUCUCACCAGAAAUAAAACCAAGAAAAAAUUGAAACGAUUUUGAGAAAAUUUGUUUUCCGUCUCUUUCCGGUAGUACUUUGAAUUUCGGAAAUUUCUAAGCGGCAUUUUGUUAGUUAACUAAACAUGCCACUUUGCUCUCAUGAAUUUGAAACACCCGGUAUAGCAGCAAACGUUUUAUGUGUGAAUGAUAUUCUAUUCUUUCAGCCGUGUAAACUGUCCUUGUCUGUGCGUAUGAAGCGGGCUAAGACUGCAAGAAGUUAUACAGCAUUUGCAGAUACAGAUUUUGUAUAGGAUGUUUCAUAAGCAUGAAUUUAUUACAAUAUACAACGUUUCAUCGUGAUUAUCCACGUACAUUCCGUUUUUUGUGCGAAAAAGUGUAUCUGAUAGAAUUUUCGGUACCUUCUGGCAAAAUAUCAUACCUGGCCGUGACUGAUACCUCUUUUACAGGACUUAUCACUAUUUUGUGCAUCUUCACGAUCGUGUGACAUUGUAACAUAAUCAAUCGUAAAUAUUCAUGAUCGUUUUAGAAUUCUUAACUCACAGAUAAGUUGAAGCACUUCGAAUUAAACAAUCACCUAUCAGUGGAUUCUCCUCGUCUGUAUAGGGUGAUUCAACAAAGAUAUAAAGACCAUGUCAUCUCACUAUCCGCGGCGACUGGUGUGAUGUCAUGUAUCAUAUUGCUAGAGCAAGAGCCCUAUGUCGGAUUACGUCACGUCUAGUAUUUAUAUCAUUAGUGAUUCAAAUUCUAAAAUUUUUGAUGAUAUCCAACCGCAAACAAGUAUAUACAUAUUUUUCUAAUAUUCUUUUAAUAAUUACCAUACAACUGAAAUUUUGUUUCACUAUGACAGCUAUGGCAUGAGAAUCUAUUUGCCCGGUUUAGUAGGAACAACUAUGUGCAUUAGAUUGCUGACAGCUCCAUCUAUUAAUAAAUUGUAUAAAUUAUUCGUCUCUUCUGAUGCGUCUCUGCGUGGUAUCCGGGCGACCAACUCUGAUAGACCUACUGACACAACUAUACUGUUUUGAGGAAUAUUGAAUAAUUUAUAAUGACUCCAAAAUAAAGAUAAAUUGGUAUUAUUAAGCAUUGAACGCUUAUGCUGGCAGUACACUCUCGUCGAAGCCAUCCGAAUGCGAGACUCCCCGAUGCGAGGCGCCCCGAGGCACGAGGCCCGAGGACACCGUGUAUACUCUCGCAGUAAACAUCGAACCGGCUCCUUGUGUAGAUUCGUGCGAGUGAUGGCCAAGAACGUGGAAAUUUGUGUAGCUGUAGCCUAUGCUGCUUAUUGUUACUAUAAAUAUUUGCAUAUUAUAUCAACUUCAAAAAUCAAGAAGCCUUGGAAGAAAAGAAGAUGGUGGGUGAAAUCAAUCAAUCGAAAUAGACCGAGGUAGGUAUAGACUGACAUUAUUACGUAAUUUGAUUAGAUUUUAUAAAGUGUUUUGUGUUUGAUUUGAUUUUUUAUUUUCGUAUAGGGAACACAUGGACAGACAGUUGAGCGAAUUGUUAAUGGAACCUGGUGGUGAAUUUGAAAAUUUUACUCGAAUGUAUAUAGCUGAUUUUGAGUAUCUUUUAAAUAUAGUCUCACCAAUGAUUUCCAAAAAAGAUACUUCAAUGAGACAGGCAAUAACUCCAAAAAUACGGCUAGCAAUUACUUUGAGAUAUUUAGCCACAGGCGUCAGUUUCAAGAGCCUACAUUAUUUAUUUAAAGUUUCACGUGAAAUAAUAUCGCGGAUUGUUCCGGAGGUCUGUGCAGCACUGAAUGAGGCUUUGAAAGAUGAAAUUAAGGUAAAUAGAUUCAUUUGCAUUUAUAGAGCUACAGUUUUAUUAUAAAAUGUUUACAUCUACAUGUUGAAAUGAGUAGUUUUCGAGUUGGUGUCUGUUUUUCCUCCAAAGGUCAUAUACAGUGCUUGGCUGAUAGGAUCAGAUUCCUGUAUGUGUUCUUCCAUUUGGUCCUGGGCAUGCUCGUUGAUACCCUGUGAUGAAGCAUAGGAACAGUUAUUGCUGUUUGCAGAUGUAGGUCGAGAAUACGAUAAGGAAAUUAGCGAUGAGUUCGAAGGUGGUCCAUUGGAACAGGAUGGCGUGGCGACAGAACCAUGAGAUGGAUGCAUUGCCCUGAGGACCAUUUCGUUAAUAUCAUGCAUCAAGUAUUCUCUUUGAAAUUCCGGAAUUUUUCGUAGUUUUUUCGCCAACAUUCUACCGGAUAAAUCGCACUCGUCUUCUUUUUCAUCAUUUCUGGACACAACAUUCUUCACCCAUGAGAAGGCUUCCUUCAUUUCACUUUCUGCUUGAAGCAAUUCCGUAGGAACUUGGCGACGACGAUAUCUUUGCUGAGAAAUUGGUAAGGGUGUUGGUCGGUGAGGUUUGGCUACAAGUGCUGCUUGCUGAGACUUAGCUGAGGGUACAACAUUCACUACUUCAUUGAUUUCUGAUUCUGAUUCUUGAGAUGUGGGCUCGAGGGUUUCGUUAUCAAGAGAAAGCUGAAAAAUAAAUACAUUUUAUUACAUAUUAACAAUAUUAACAAUAAAUGUAAUUUCUUAUCUUUUUGCAGAUGCCGUCAACUACAGAUGAGUGGAUAGAAAUUGAAAAAGGAUUUAGAGAUAAUUUUCCCCACGCCAUUGGAGCAAUCGACGGAAAACAUGUUGUAAUCAAAUGUCCUGAUCACACUGGAUCAGAAUAUUACAAUUACAAAAGAACCUUUAGUAUUGUUCUUCUAGCUGUAGUAGACAGUAAAUAUCGAUUUAUAUUUUGUGACAUUGGAAGCCAAGGAAGAAUCAGUGAUGGCGGCAUACUUAGAAAUAGUGUGUUAUGGAAAAAUAUUUGUGAAAAUAAGAUGAAUUUUCCUCCACCUUGCCCCUUACCCGGAUUAAACGUCGAUUUACCAUAUGUUGUCUUGGGAGAUGGUGCUUUUGCAUUAAGCGAGAACUUAAUGAAGCCAUAUCCUGGCGAUCAUAAAUUGAAUACUCCCAAACGUAUUUUCAAUGAAACAUUGUCAAGGUCUCGUGUAUUGUCUGAAAAUACUUUUGGAAUAUUAACUUCCAGAUUCCGAUUUUUCAAAAAGCCAAUCGAAUUGAUGCCCGAAAAAGUGACGCAGUUAACAAUGACAUGUGUACUUCUACACAAUUUUCUUAUGAAAAACAUUUAUAACCCGUCGGGCACUCUUGAUAAAUAUGAUAACGGCGUUUUUAUUGAAGGGGCUUGGAGGCAAGAAGUACCUCAAAACUGUGCUAUUCGAUGUGUACCACAUAUUGCUCGUCGAUCACCGAUUAGUGCGACUAAGAUUAGAGAUAAUUUCACUGAAUAUUUUGUGAAUUUAAGAAACAAAUAAAAUAUUGUAUGACAAGUAAUAAGUAAU